GCUGUUGAUAGUUUUUUCAAAAAAACAAAGAGUAGCACCUUUACCGACUUGUGACUUCUGUUAAAUUAUAAUAUUUAUUACUUUGUAAAUGAUUUUAAGUACUGAUUUUCUUUGUUAAAAAAAAUACAAUAAUUGUUUUUGAAAAAUGGAUGACAAUAAUCAAACAAAGGAAACCGUCGAAGAACCAACCGUAGGAGACAAUCGGACGGAGUCCAAAAUAAAGCCGGGAUUAUUUUUAUUGAAUUCUUACGUUAACCAGUUGUGUCCGAAUCUAAAGGAGGUCCAGUCGGAAAUAAAAGAUGUGGUAGAGAAACAGGAGUCGUUGGUGAACGCUUUGGCAAAGGAAAAUGAAGAGUUGUCUAGUUUAUUAAACGAAACGGAUAUUCAGGAAAUGUUUACGUCGGUAAAACACUGUUACGGACAACUGACGGAAUUGAAAAAGAAAUUAAUAUUCCUACAUAAGAAAUCGGUUUCAAUGGAAAAGAGAGCCAACGUUUUGCGUGUCGCCAAACAAAGGGAAGCGUUACAAAGAGAACAUCGUAAAGAAUCAAUGUUGGUGCGCGAGCAAGAACUUAUUUCGAAACCUUCAUAAAAUCAUUGGUGCUGCUCAUACUUAUUACCGCUAUAGCAACUUUUAAUGGUGCGUUCCGAUAAGUCGUUUACAUUGAACUAUUCCCUUUUGAUGUUCUCUCAAAAUCGUCUUAUACCUUAUCGUUUAUAUGUUAAAUUUACAUAAAAGUUCAUGUUUGUCAUACGUACGUAAUAUGCCCAUACAGUAUACACGUCUGUCGAUAAACACAUCUACGGAUGUGUAGUUGGACAAUGUGUAUACUGAUGUGUUUUUUUUAUUUUUUUUAAUCAUAUUAAAAUGUUCAUUUUUAUAUAUAUAUAUACACACACAUAUAUAUUUAUGUACGAUUAAAUGUCAUUUGAAACUGUUUUAUAUUUAAGUGAUAUGACGUAUUUACGCGUAAUAGUAUUUUAUUUUAUUAUAAUAUUGUAAUCGACAGGGUAUGC